ACGACUAAAUCAGGCGUAGCACGUUACGGAGGUCAAACGAAAGGAAAGAUGGCGAGCACCUAUGAUAGUUUCAACUUGCGCACCACACCAGAGAAGUUUUACAUAGAGGCUUGUGAUGAUGGUUCUGUGGAUGUCCUGACUAUUGACAGGGUGUCAGCUGAGAUGACCGUCUCAGUGAGGAGGGACAUCCCUGCAACUGCUAAGACCAGACCGAUAUGUGGACUGAUGGGGACCAUACGUUUGGUGGCAGGUGUGUACCUGGUUGUCAUUACAAAGAAGAAGAAGGUGGGGGAUCUGCUGGGCCAUGCUGUGUGGAAGGCUCUGGACUUUGACAUGAUCUCCUAUAAGAAGACAAUACUACACCUGACAGACAACCAGAUGCAGGACAACAAGACUUUCCUGUCCAUGAUCAACAAUGUGCUUCAUACAGAUGGCUUCUACUUUGCAACAGACUAUGACCUGACCCACACUCUGCAGCGUUUGGCCAACACCAGCCCAGAAUUUCAGGAGAUGAGCCUUCUAGAAAGGGCAGAUCAGCGUUUUGUCUGGAAUGGCCACCUGUUGAGGGAAUUCAUUGCACAGCCAGAGUUACACAAGUUUGUAUAUCCUGUUGUCCACGGCUUCAUUAUCAUAAAGUCAAGCUGCAUCAAUGGAAAGGUGUUUGACUGGAGCAUUAUCUCCAGGAGGAGCUGUUUCAGAGCUGGGGUACGCUACCAUGUCAGAGGCAUUGAUUCAGAAGGCCAUGCUGCCAACUAUGUAGAAACAGAGCAGGUAGUGCAAUACAACAGUGCCAAAGCUUCAUUUGUACAGACAAGAGGCUCCAUCCCCUUCUACUGGUCCCAAAGGCCUAAUCUCAAGUACAAGCCAAAGCCACAAAUCAGCAAAACAGUCAACCAUUUGGAUGGAUUCCAGAGACACUUUGACUCACAGAUUAUUCUCUAUGGAAGACAAGUCAUUUUGAACCUGAUCAACCAAACAGGCUCAGAAAAGCCUCUGGAGCUAGCAUUUGACAAGAUGGUAGCCAGCUUGGGAAAUGGCAUGAUCAAGUACAUAGCAUUUGACUUCCAUAAGGAAUGCAGUCGGAUGAGGUGGCACCGACUACAGAUCUUAUUAGACAUGGUCGCUGAAAUGCAGGAUGAGUUUGGGUAUUUCCUGGUGGAUGCAGAUGGGAAGGUGCUGUCGAACCAGGAGGGGACAUUUCGCAGCAACUGCAUGGACUGUCUGGACCGCACCAAUGUCAUCCAGAGCCUUCUGGCCCGAUGCACGCUGAAGUCACAGCUACAGAAAAUGGGAGUCCUCCACAUGAGCCAGCAGAUUGAAGAGCAAGCCGACUUUGAGAAGAUGUACAAGAAUGCUUGGGCAGAUAAUGCGGAUGCCUGUGCCAAGCAGUAUGCUGGUACUGGUGCCUUGAAGACUGACUUCACCAGGACAGGGAAGAGGACUCAGUGGGGGCUGCUGAUGGAUGGCUGGAACUCCAUUAUCCGAUAUUACAAAAACAACUUCUCUGAUGGUUUUAGACAGGACUCCAUUGAUCUGUUCCUUGGUAAUUAUGCUGUGGAUGAAGCUGAUUGGACCACUCCACUGCAUGACCUCAAAGACUUGAAGUUUCUGACGUUGCCUAUAAUAAUGGUGGUAGCAUUCUCUAUGUGUAUCAUCUGUCUGCUAAUGGCUGGUGACACGUGGACGGAGACACUGGCCUAUGUCCUGUUCUGGGGAAUAGCUAGUGUGGUGACAGGUGGCCUCAUCCUUUUUAAUGGACGGGACUUCAUAGAUGCUCCCAAGCUGAUACAGAAGGAGAAGCUGGACUGAAUGUGUGUGUGUGGAAAGCAGCUAGGCCCUGGUGAGCUCACCGCCUCAUCCUCUACAUCUUCAUCACUUUACUCCCGGCAUCAGCAGGCCUGGAGCCUUUACUAGAAGAGAGGCAGGAGUGGAGGAGGGUGGGGGCUGCAGGGCCAGCCUUGUGUACAAGAACAGUGGAAAGACAGAGACUGGAAGUGCACAGGCCUGCUGCUGUCCACACUGCAGCGUCACUCGUGGACAGGACUGUCUAUCCACAGGCUGAACCUCUGGACUUUGUUCUAACUGGAUGUCAUCAUUUCUGAUUUCAGAUGAAUUUUGUGGGACCUAUGUAAGAUUUCACAUGUCCCACUGCAUUCCCUUAAUGGGAUGCAUUGGGAUCAGAUUCAGAAGUGCUGCUGUGAUGUCACAGGACAGUAUUAAAUGAAGUACAGUUUGUACUGUUAAUUAGCCUUUAUUUUUCUUUUGGUUUGCCAUUGCCAAGAUAUGUUUAUCCAUGAACAGUAGCUCUGUCUCAUCUUAGAUGCUACCUGUCUGCCUCUGAAAACCAAUAACAGGUUGAUAUGGCUCAGAGAAAUGCUGCCUUAUUUAGCCAGGAUUAAAAUAACAUGUAUCAUUGGAAGUCUUCAGUAUUUGGAUUGCAUAACUGCAUUUGAGCAGUAUUUAUCACCUCAUAUUGUCAGGGAAUAUAUAAGAUAACCAAAUUAUAAUGUGAAGGUGUUUGUGAUGAGGUUGUCAUCAGUAUCUGUUAAACCCAUCAUACGAAGUAGUAUGAAAUGCUGUUGCAGACUGUAGAAGGAACGUAUAAACUCCUCUGUUUGUUCCUGUUAGUAGCCUGUUCAGCAAAACAUGUUAAACUGUUAGAAGGAUUAGAGAGGCAGAGUUUAAGCAAUUUCUUUAAUCUAUAGUCAGCCACAUGAACAAUAAUUAGUUUAAUAAUCUCCACAAAUGUAUGAAAUACAGUAGAUGUUUUUCCAUGAUGUUUUUUAUCUAUUGACGAACUAUAUUAAAUGCAAAAUCAGAGUACAUUAUACACUGGUUAAAUAAGUAUUGAACACGUCACCAUUUUUCUUAGUAAAUACAUUUCUAAAGGUGCUAUUGACAUGACAUUUUCACCAGACGUCAGUAACAACCCAUGCAAUCCACACAUGCACAGAAAUAAAACCAUAGGUGUCCAUAAAUUAAGUUAUGUGUUAUUAUGUGAAAUGACACAGGGGAAAAGUAUUGGAACACAUGAAGAAAGGGAUGUUCAAAAAGGCAUAGAAAGCCAAAACACCAGCUAAAAUCUAUCAGUAAUAGAACAGAAAAGACAGCAAUCCUGCCACUUGCAAAUCCAUAUCAACUGGUUCAUUCCCAACUGAUGGCCAAUAAAAAGGUGUCUCAUUACCAAGGUGUCAUACAAGAAACAUCUCAUGAUGGGUAAAAGCAAAGAGCUCUCUCAAGACCUUUGCAACCUUAUUGUUGCAAAACAUACUGAUGGCAUUAAUUACAGAAAGAUGUCUAAGCUUCUGAAUGUUCCAGUGAGCACUGUUGGGGUUAUAAUCUGGAAUAGGAAAGAACAUCAUUUCACCAUAAACCAGCCACGACCAGGUGCUCCUCGCAAGAUUUCUGACAGGAGCGAAAAUAAUUAUCAGAAGAGUUGUCCAAGAGCCAAGGACUAUUUGUGAAUACCUUCAGAAAGACCUGGAAUUAGCAGGUACAAUUGUUUCAAAGAAAAUAAGUAAUGCACUCAACCACCAUGGCCUGUAUGCAAGCUCACCACGCAACACUCAAUUGCUGAAGAAAAAGCAUGUUGAAGCGCGUUUAAAGUUUGCUGCACAACAUUUAGACAAGUCUGUAAAAUACAUUUUUUACAGGUGCUAUUGACAUGAAAUUUUCUCCAGACGUCAGUAACAACCCAUGCAAUCCACACAGAAAUCAAACCGUAGGUGUCCAUAAAUUAAGUUGUGUAAUAAUGUGAAAUGACACAGGGGAAAAGUAUUGAACACAUGAAGAAAGGGAGGUGCAAAAAGUCAUAGAAAGCCAAAACACCAGCUAAAAUCUAUCAGUAAUAGAACAGAAAAGACAGCAAUCCUGCCACUUGCAAAUCAAUAUCAACUGGUUCAUUCCCAACUGAUGGCCAAUAAAAAGGUGUCUCAUUCUCAAUUGCUGAAGAAAAAGCAUGUUGAAGAGCGUUUAAAGUUUGCUGCACAACAUUUAGACAAGCCUGUGAAAUACUGGGAGAAUAUAGUCUGGUCAGUUUGGAGGUCAAAUGGCACUGCACAUCACCCCAAAAGCACCAUACCAACAGUGAAGUUUGGAGGUGGGAACAUCAUGGUGUGGGGCUGUUUUUCAGCAUACAGCACUGGCAAACUUCAUAUAAUUGAAGGAAGGAUGAAUGGUAAAAUGUACUGAGACAUUCUUGAUAAAAAUCUGCCACCAUCUACCAGGAUGAUGAAGAUGAAACAAGGGUGGACAUUUCAUCAAGACAAUGACACCAAACACACAGCCAAGGAAACUCUCAAUUGGUUUCAGAGAAAGAAAAUAAAGCUGCUACAAUGGCCCAGCCAAUCACCUGACUUGAAUCCAAUAGAAAAUCUAUGGAAUGAACUAAAGAUCAGAGCUCAUAGAAGAGGCCCACGGAAUCUUCAAGAUUUGAAGACUGUUUGUGUGGAACAAUGGGCCAAAAUCACACCUGAGCAAUGCAUGGGACUAGUUUCUCCAUACAAGAGGCGUCUUGAAGCUGUUAUUACCAACAAAGGCUUUUGUCGAAGUAUUAAAUAAAUUUCACUAAGCGCGUUCAAUAUUUUUUCCCUGUGUCAUUCCAUUUUAUUAAACAUAACUUAAUUUCUGAACUUAUUUAUUUUGGUUUCUUGUAUGUAGAGGUUACUUGGGUUGUUCCUGACAUCUGGUGAAAAUUUCAUGUCGAUAGCACCUAUGGAAAUAUAUUUACUGAGAAAAAUGGUGAUGUGUUCAAUACUUAUUUUAGCCACUGUAUAUUUAAAUAACGGAUUAAGCAAACACAAAUUUUCUUGAAUUAUAAAGUACAGUAUGAAAUAUUGACUUUGUUUAUAAUUUCUUCCACUCACAUCUCACACUAUUCAACAAUUCGCCAGACAAAAUGUACAACAGCAAAGUAUUAAACACACCAAACAGCGGCACAACUUCCAGCUUCAUUGGAGAACAUACAUUUUGUUCAGACUUGACAUCUUGGACAUGUCUUACAAUUUUAACAAAUGUUUUAUGUAACAAAUGUUAUUUACUGUUGAAAACAGAAGU